AGGCAGAUCACAGAGGGGAGCUCAGGCAGAGAGGCUGACACUGUGCUUAUGUUUCAGAAGUAGCUGUGUUGAAUGCACUUAACCCAACAUGGAACUUCUGGGAUCAACACUAACAGCGACCUAUGCUCGGCCCAGGCCAGGACCCAACAGUUUUCUGCCAGCCAUUUCUACCAUGGCAUCAAGCUACAAGAAUCGCUUUCCUCACUACACACUAAGCCAUAGUCUAACGCUUCCAUGGAGGCCGAGCACCUACUACAAAGUGGCUUCUGUAACUCCAUCUCUUGCACCAUUUUCAAAAAGUGCCCAGGGGUUGAUGCCAGCUCAGAUCCAUUCUUUCCCAGGCAACAGAACCGCACUUUUUACCAGAUACACUCCAGAUGAUUGGUACAAGUCCAAUCAGAACAACUACAGAGAGUCUGAGACAUCCCGGCGAAGUGCAGAACGGCUUCGUGUGGACACAAGCCGUUUAAUUCAAGAGAAGGAUCAGCAGAUCCGGAAAAUACAAAACGACACCAGUAAAGACUUAGGAGAACGGGUCAACGACAUUGCAUUUUGGAAAUCUGAGAUCAAUCAUGAAAUUGACCAGAUGAUCGGGGAAACAAACGCACUUUCUGAAGUUAAAAGGCGAUUGGAACGGGCACUUGCUGAGACAGAAGGUCCCCUACAGGUCGCCCAGGAAUGUUUGUACCAUCGCGAGAAGAGGAUGUCCAUAGACCUUGUGCACGAUGAUGUGGAGAAACAGCUUCUGCAGGAGGUGGAUAGCAUCAAAUCUUGCCAAGAACGAAUGAGGCGGCAACUGGAGAAAACCGUUGCUCAACUCACCAAUAAUCGCGCUGCUCAGCAUGAGCUGGAGAGGGACAUCGGUGACAAACAGACGGCGCACCGCAUCGAUGACAAGUGUCACAACCUGAGGAACUCCUCUGAUGGCAUUGGCUACUACCGUGGAGUGGAGCGAAUCGAUGCCACAAUCUCAGUGCCUGAGUCGUGGGCCAAGUUCAGCGAUGAUAACAUCCUGCGGUCGCAGAGUGAGCGAGCACAGUCCGCCAAGCUCCGGGAGGAUGUAGAGAAUCUGCUCAGUGUCACCUCCAAUGAAAUGUGGAACCAUUUCAACCAAGUCAACGUUAUGUUCACCAACCGCAUCUCAGAAACUGUGGACACCAAGAACAAACUGCAGAAUCACCUGGCAAAGACGCUGCAGGAAAUCUUCCAGACGGAGGUGAUCAUUGACUCCAUCAAAAAAGCCAUCAAAGACAAAACCGCUUUCAUGAAAGUGGCUCAGACCCGUCUGGAUGAGCGUUCAAGGCGUCCUAACGUAGAACUGUGCCGAGACAUUGCCCAGAUACGGCUUGUCCAAGAGGUCAGAGAGAUUGACGACACCAUCCAGGCUUUGCAGCAGCGCCUGCGGGAUGCUGAGGACACCUUGCAGAUGUUGCUGCACACAAAAUCGAAUCUGGAACAUGAACUGUCCAUUAAAGCCAACUCUUUGUUUAUUGACCAGGAGAAAUGCAUGGGCAUGAGGAAAAGCUUCCCUAGCACGCCGCGUCUGGUGGGCUACACAUAAACCGCCCUCAGAUGGAUGACACCAGAUCCAAACACAAUGAGUUCCAGCCCAAUGCCCACGAAUGCUUCUUUCUUGCUGUGUUGUUGUGCGGUUUAUGCACACAGGAGUGGUUGAUCUGCACAAAUGAAAUAAAAACUGUAACAACUUG